AUGGCAUCCGUCAUUCGAGAUGCGCCCUUUGGCCAAUUGGUGCGCUACUUGACCAACAACAAAUACUUUCAGUAUCCUGAGGAACGGCCUGAUUUUGAGCUCCCCGAGGCAUGGCGCGAAUUGAUCAGUGGCGCCGAUUCUAUCAAGCCGGUGCGCGACCUGGAGAAGGCACCCGUCGCAGGCACGCCUGCAUCCUUGACCGAUGAAGACGCAAGUGUCAGGGGACAAAGUCCCGAUGCCGAGAGUGAGACCACGACGGCCACGGCCACAGAGGCGAUUGCACGAGUGAAUACCAAGGAGACACUGGCCUACACGCAGUCCCGCUUGGAAGCGGACGAAGAGCAUGAAAUUCAGAAACUCCAGUCCAUUCCUAUCCAACCGAAGAAGACCAAAGAUGGCACCAUCCUUGUCGAUUGGUACUAUACCGAUGAUCAGGAGAAUCCACACAACUGGUCGAAUCGGAAGCGGGCUUUGCUCACCACCAUCAUCUGUCUGUAUACCUUUGUGGUCUAUACCACUUCGGCCAUCUAUACAGCCUCCGUGCCAGGAGUGAUGGAGGACUUUGGCGUGAGUAACCUGCUGGCGACUCUGGGACUGUCAUUGUACGUCUUGGGCUAUGGUAUGGGUCCAUUGGUCUUCUCGCCGCUGAGUGAAAUCCCUCUUAUCGGGCGGAAUCCGGUCUAUAUCGUGACCAUGUUCCUGUUCGUGAUCUUGUCCAUCCCCACGGCCCUGGUCCACAAUUUCGCAGGCUUGAUAGUCCUUCGAUUUCUGCAAGGAUUCUUUGGUUCUCCGUGUCUCGCUUCGGGAGGCGCCUCGAUCGGUGACAUGUACAGUCUUCUGUCCCUUCCGUACGCCAUGAUGGCCUGGGUUUCCGCGGCAUAUUGUGGACCCGCCUUGGGACCCCUUCUCAGUGGGUUUGCAGUCGCCGCCAAGAACUGGCGUUGGUCCCUCUACGAAUCCAUCUGGAUGUCGGCUCCCGUCUUUAUCUUGAUGCUCGUCUUCCUGCCCGAGACCAGCAGUGCUACCAUCCUCCUCCGUCGCGCCGCGCGUCUCCGCAAGAUCUACAACACAGACCUCUUCAUGUCCCAAUCUGAGAUUGACCAGCGCAACAUGAAGGUCUCCGACAUCGCCGUCGAUGCCCUGCUCAAGCCGCUCCAGAUCACCAUCAUGGACCCGGCCGUACUCUUUGUCCAGGUCUACACCGCCAUCACCUACGGCAUCUACUACUCCUUCUUCGAGGUCUUCCCCCUCGUCUACCCAGUCUACUAUCACAUGAACAUGGGGCAAAUCGGCCUCGUCUUCCUCUGUAUCCUAGUCUCUUGUCUCAUCGGCAUCGCCGCCUAUUCGGCCUACCUCUACUACUGGAUGAACCCCCGUAUCCACCGCUUCGGCUUCCCCGUCCAGGAAGCUCGUCUGAUCCCCGCCUUGCCGGCCGCCCUGGGCCCCACGAUCGGUCUGUUCAUCUUUGCCUGGACGGCCCGGGCCUCGAUCCACUGGAUCGUACCCACCAUCGGUAUCACCAUCUACGGCGCCACCGUGUUCGUGGUGAUGCAGUGCCUCUUCGUGUACAUCCCCCUGAGUUAUCCGCAGUACGCGGCCAGUCUGUUCGCGGCGAAUGACUUCUUCCGCAGCGCUUUGGCCUGUGGGAGUGUCUUGUUUGCUCAUCCAUUGUUUGGUAAUCUCGGCGUCGCUCGCGGAACCAGUCUCUUGGGCGGGUUGAGUGUGAUUGGAAUUGUGGGUAUCUGGCUGUUGUACGUGUACGGAGCACGUCUCCGGUCACUGAGCAAAUUUGCUAUUUCAGAUGACUGA